GAGAGAACCGCAUGCACUGUUGAGUACGCACUUUAUACAGCAUAGGUGGGGCUCAACAGUUGUCAUGGUCCUAGAAAAUAAUCCCUUCAGUGGUGGAGGUACUUAUGGUUGGUUUUACCAUUUUAUAAUCAUUUUGCAGAUGAAAGGGCUUAAUCUUAGCGAAAGAAGUCAAAAAUGGAGAAUCUGUGAAUUCUCAGCUCUACAUAAAAUUUUCAGCCUUAUUAGCUGUGGAACAGCAUAGAAAUGCUGAGAAGCAGUAGUUCUGGUUGUUUGAAACUGGAACCAAGUCUAAAUCUUGUGUUUCAUGAGAGCUGAGCUUUAAGAAGACUGAUUUAGGAAAACUACUCAGAGGACAUGAAAUAGCUUGUGACAACUUCUUGCAGCAAAACAUUUACAGUUAACAGCUUUCAUAGAAAGAAGCAGAAUGAUUGAAAUUGAUCCGUGAGUCUCUUUUUUCACUCUCCUUCCCGCCCCCGUUUUAUCAUACUGGCGUGACCUAUUAGUGCUGGCAUCAUGAAGAAGUGUGAAGCACAGAGGAGUCGCUCCCCAUCAGGGUAUAAAUACAGAGAACCAGCAGUAGCAGUUACCUGAUCCUGUUUCUGUCAUCUGAGCUGGACACCAAGCCAACAUGACAUCUGUCACCAUAAAGGGUCUGAGGGGAUUCACGUUGACCAACCUGCUCACCCUUUUGUUGCUUGCAUCCUUCAUCUCACAUUCAUGGAGCGUGCCAAAAGGCUCAUUUCAGCGAAGAAACUGGACACCACAGGCUAUGUUGUACUUAAAAGGAACACAGGGCCGUAGGUUCAUCUCUGAGGACCGAAAGGAAGGAGAUGUCUAUGACACGCUACACUUAGAGACCCGCAGUCAAAACACAGAGAAGAUGAGUGUUGGCCAGGCAGCCACAGUGCUGCUCAAGAUCCUGCAGCAAGCCAGAGAGGGAGCCGAUGAAGCUCCAGAUGAGGUGUAUUUCCCAGUGUGGAAGAGAGAAUACUUCUGACAUCAUCAAUAAUCAUCAUAUUUCAUCAUUUUUAUAUUUGUGUUUGGUGCAACACUGUCAAAAAUCUGCAUUGUAAAUAUGAAUUAUCUCACUGUGUUUAAAAUGAUAUUUUAAUAAACACUUGGGGAUUAUUGCACUUUA